AUGAAGCACAUACGAAAGCUACUGAAGUCCCCAAAGGAUGGGAGUCCAAGUCGCGGAAGUCCGUCGAGGCCAGAGACGCCAUGGCCGAACAAUAGUGUGCGAGGUUCUACUUCCAGGGCUGGCUCGCCGGUCGCCGUGUCUGCACUUGUAUCCAGCCCACUCGUCCCGGUGCCUUCAUCGCCUCACAUUGAACCCGCUCAGACCAAGCCCACUGGCACUAGCAAGAAUAACUGGAAGAACCUCGACGCAUUUCUGGAAGCGCUGAAGCGCAGCUCCGCAUUCUCGCCGCUUGUAUCGGCGAUCGAAGACCUGAGCUGGUUUAUCCGGACCUAUGAGAGCGUCUCUACCACGCGCACAGAGUACGAUGCUCUGCGGAUCAAGCUCGAGGGCUAUUCACCAACCUUCGUGUCCAUUUUAGCCAUUCAGAUUGAGCUACGGGAGGUCUAUGGCACGAAGGACAGGAACGUCAUAUCUCGUUACCUCCAAGCGGAGCAAGAUCUCGACAAGAUUGUAGGAUGCUAUCGUCGUAUCGAAGACCAUCUUGAGAGAGUGAUGAUGAACGCAAGCUUGAACACAUGGAGGAUCGUAGACGGGCAAGCAUCAGACGCCAAACUGGAUAGACUCAAGCCGUCGAUGUCGGCGUGUUACGACUCUGCACAGGCAAACGUGGUACAAAGAAGACAAUGUGCCGCCAAAACUCGCGAGAAAGUCAUAUCAGACCUGGAAGCAUGGAAAAACAAGCGUGAAGGGGAAAAGGUGUACUGGGUCAACGGCAUGGCCGGGACAGGCAAGACUACUAUUGCCACUACACUGUGCUCUACCCUCGACGAAAGAUAUGAGCUCGGUGCCAGCUUCUUUUGUACUAGAUCUCUUCCGGAAUGUCGUGACGUCAAGCUCAUUCUACCCACCAUUGCAUAUCAGCUUGCCCGUUUCUCUCAGCCGUUCCGAGGCGCACUACUUCAGGUCCUGGAGCGAGAUACGGACGUACAUACCAAACUUCCACAGGUGCAGCUCCGGCGCAUGAUUCUUGAGCCUCUGCAGAGCGUUGCAAGAAGCUUACCUAACAAUAUGGUCGUGGUCAUAGAUGCGUUGGACGAGUGUGAAGACGGAAAUGAAGUCGGCCAAAUACUGCAAGUACUACUCGAGAACGCAUCAGCGAUCCCUAUCAAGUUCCUGGUAUCCAGUAGACCAGAGUAUCAUAUCAGACAGAAGAUCCGCGAAGCGAAGCUCGAAUCGAAGCUGGUCCUCCAUGACUUGGAUGAGAAGAUGGUCGAGGCGGAUAUUGCCACAUACCUACGCGCUGAGCUAGCAGAGCUUUCCGUGCCAGUCACCGAAGAACAAAUUAGUACGCUUGUACAGCGGGCGGGUGCUCUGUUUAUAUAUGCCGCUACUGCGAUUAGAUAUAUCCGGGGCGGAGACUUGCUAGAUCGUUUGGACUCUAUUCUGAAGGCAUCAAGUACCGGACAAGGGACUUCCAACCAGACCAAAGAAAUCGACCUACUAUACGAGAUCGUGCUCAAGUCCGCAUUUAACGAGGGUCUAGAAGAGGGCGAGAGAAAUCGAAUGCAGCUCGUCCUGCACACUGUAGUCUGCGCACAAGAGCCGCUCACUGUGUGCGCGUUAGCAGGGCUCCUCAACCUCACUUCCGCCAGGGUAAACGCUGCGUUGAAGCCCUUGUGGUCUAUCCUACGUGUAUCGAACUCAGACGUGGAAGAUCGAGUCAGCACGCUACAUGCGUCAUUCCCAGACUAUAUGCUCAACUCAAGCCGAUCCGGAAACUUUGCAUGCGAUGCGAAUGCUCAUAACGCCACGCUGGCUAAGCUUUGCUUUGAGCGUAUUGAACGACAUAUCCCACAGUUUAACAUUUGUAAUCUUCCCUCCUCAUAUCUAUUCGAUACGGAGGUUACUGGUAUUGAUGAAGAUGUCAAGAGGCAUGUGCCUUUAGAUCUGUUGUAUGCUUGCCAGUAUUGGGCAGCCCAUCUCGAACUGGUGUAG